AACAAUAUUUCCAAUCGCCUUUGUGAACAGAGCAGCCCUAGCGCCACACGUCAAAGUUAAGUCACUUGUCAGUGAGUUGGUUGACAGAUACUGACUUGAGAAAAUUAGUCGACUCACGAUUAGAAAAAGGUUUGACGAAAAGGAGUAAAUUAUCAAAGCGGCAGCAACUACAACAAGAAGAACAACAGGACAACAAUGGAGGCAAUUAAGAAGGGCACAGCUCAAGCAGAGGCUGCUGGCAAUGAAACAGCGGUCAACAAUUCAGUUUUACCAGGUCGUGAUGGCGACGACAACAUCGAAUCAAACAAGGAGAAUAUGCAGAUCAGCCGCAAGCGCAAAGUGGACAACAGCCUCAUGAAAAAUGAUAAGAAAAAGCGCAAGCCGCUGUCGAAUAUAAUGAAUUUUAUGGAAUUGGAUCAGCAUGAACAGCAGCAAGUACAAGCGGCCUGGGAUGCUAAGGACAAUGACAAUGUGACCGUGGCCGUCGUUGGCGCAGCCUCAGCAGCCCCCUCGAUGCUCGACAAGGUCGAGAAGGCACUGACGCGUCCAGAGACGCUUAAGUCACCAGUGGCCGCCGAGCAACCAAUGGCCGUGCCCAUAUCGAUGCCGGAUGCAGUGCCGCAGCCGUUGUUCAAGGUGCCGGCAUCGUCGCCACCAAAACUGCCAGCAGCAGCGGAUGUCGUUAACAAAACUGAGGAGGACAACGCCUCCGGCGAAUCGAUGGUUCUCUCGGACAACUUGCAACAAAAGACUGAACAGCCAACGGCAGUACAGCAAUUGCCGCCAGUGCCGCCUGUGCCCUCGGAUGUGGAGGACUUUGAUCUCAAGAAUUGGGAUGAUCCGCUUCAGGUCUCCCACUAUGCCCAGGAUAUAUUCAACUAUCUCAAGCAUCGUGAGUCAGAGUUCCGUAUAGGCGAUUAUAUGCCGAAGCAAGCACAUUUGACCGUCUACCGUCGAGCACUGCUCGUCGACGCAAUGGUCGACAUCCACGAGUUAUUUAAACUCAACCAUGAGACGCUCUAUUUGGCUGUGAAAAUCGUCGAUCUCUAUUUGUGCCGCAAAGAGAUCAAGGAGGAGAACCUGGUGUUGUUGGGCGACGCUGCCAUCCUUAUUGCCAGCAAAUAUGGUGACCUUGAUCCGCCCUCAGUUAAGGAUUUCAUGAUCGUUUGCGAUGGAGCGUACACUAAAAAUGAUCUGCUUAAAAUGGAGUUGGAAACGUUAAGCACCAUCAAUUUUAAUCUUGGCAUACCAGUCUCGUUCCGCUUCCUCAGCCGCUUUGCCCGGUGUGCCAAGGUGCCGUUGCCCAUUGUGAAAUUGGCUCGUUAUAUAUUGGAGCUAUCGUUGACGGAAUAUGUAACGAUCGGAUUUAGUGACUCAAAGAUGGCAUCGGCUGCUCUAUAUAUGGCGUUGCGCAUGCAUGACGGCAUCGCAAAGUUGAAUCAAAAGAUCUGGAGCCCAACGCUGAUCUACUAUACGACCUAUCAGUUGGUGGAUUUUGCCGGGAUUAUUCCCUUGCUGAAUGCGGGACUGCAUCGCAAGACACUGGCCCCAACCCUGACGAUACGCAACAAGUAUUCACGAAAGAAAUUUCUUCGGGUGACCAAAGUGCCGCUGCUCAGCAAUCGGGACAUGUUCCACGCCAAUCUCGAUCUGAACGUUGGCAACAAAAGCACUGAAUGAGAAUAUAUCAAGAAUAACGCUGAUUUACAAUUAAUAAUUAAUUUCAUUUCAUUCCAUUUACAACUGACACCCAACCAUAAAUAAAACUAUAUCAAUCAUUAUUAAAUGCUAUGCUUUGCUAUAUUUCUAAACUUAGCAAAAAAAAAAAAUAAAAAUAAAAAUAACA